AAGGACAGUUGCCUGCUAUCCCAAAACAAAGGUCCUGGGCUGUUAUUGUGCCUUAAAAAUCUUCCUGGAAUUAGAAAGUGGAGCUUUGGUGACAGGAGAAUAAACAUUAUUGAGAUCACCUGCUAGACCUACAUGCCAAGCUGCAAUUAAAGGCACAGGAGAGAAACAUAAAAAAGAACUGGCAUUAGUAAAUUAGCAAAUAUUUGAAAUGCCCAUAUAAGGACAGCUCAAGAGCAUAUUUAAGUGCAGCUUUUCAACAGGCUACGACAGAAGAAGAGACAAAAGGGCUGGCGUUGACCUGAGGGACCCUAUUGAAGGAAGAUGCUCCCUCUGUUUCCAGUCUUCCUGGGUCUCUUAGCUGUCCUCUUGGCCUGGCAUUUUCUGAAUGUCCAAAGAGCCAGAAGCAAACUCCCUCCUGGACCCGCGCCGCUUCCCAUCAUCGGCAACUUGGGGUUGCUUGGCUUUCAGAUCCACCAUGAAACUUUGCUAAAGAUGGCCUCAACAUAUGGAAAUGUCUACACCAUCUGGCUGGGACACACCCCUAUAGUUGUGCUGAACGGAUUCCAAGCUGUGAAGGAAGUUCUGAUCAGCCGUUCUGAGGAAUUUGCCGAGCGACCGGUCCCCAGUUUCCUCCGUGAUCUAAUAGGCGACGCACACGGUAUUCUUUUUUCCAACGGCCACCCGUGGAAGCAGCAGAGGCGAUUUAGCCUGAUGACUCUGCGGAACCUGGGCCUGGGGAAGACGAUCCUGGAGGACAGCAUUCGGCAAGAGGCUAGCGGCAUAAUCCAAGCCUUCACACGAGAGAACGGAAGACCCAUCGAUCCCUACAGCUUCCUCCUUUCUUCUGUUAACAAUGUGAUUGCCAGCAUGCUAUUCGGGCAUAGCUUUUCUCCCGAGGAGACUAUCUUUCGCCAAAUAAUUGAAGGCUCUAGGGCCUUGGAGGAAUUCGGUGGGAAGUUGUGGGCAAGACUCUAUGAUGUCUUUCCAAUGGGUGUGGGGCCCUUGAAACCUAUCCUGAACAAAUCACUGCUAGCAUUGAGGCACUGGAAGAAACUGCAAAGAAUUAUAGAGGAGGAGGUUCAGGAACAUCAGAAGAGCUGGACGUCUGAAGAGCCACGGGACUUCAUUGACUUAUACCUUGCCCAAGUAGAGAAAUGUAAAGAUGACCCCACCUCUACAUUUACAAACACCAACAUGGUGCAAGUGGUCAUCGAACUCUUCACAGCUGGCUCAGACACCUCCACCGUUGCCUUAUACUGGGCACUGCUCUACAUGAUGGAAUACCCAGAGAUACAAGAACAAGUCCAAAAAGAACUAGACACUGUCCUGGGAUCGUCCCAUGUUAUCCGCUAUGAGGAUCAGAAAAAACUACCCUUCACCAAUGCAGUGCUCCAUGAAACUCAGAGGGUCAGCAGCCUGUCCGCAUUGGGCAUCAUGCACAAGAGCAUCAAGGACACAAACAUAAAGGGAAUGCCCAUUCACAAGGGUGUCAUCGUUAUGCCAAACAUCUUCUCUGUCCAUUAUGACCCCGAGCAGUGGGAGACACCGCGCAAAUUCAACCCAGGUCAUUUCUUGGAUAAGGAUGGGAAUUUCAUAAAGAAAGACGCUUUCAUACUCUUCUCAGCAGGAGUCCGGGUGUGUUUGGGGGAGAAAAUGGCAAGAACAACGCUCUUUAUCCUCUUUGCCAGCCUGCUGAGGGCAUUCCGGUUCCAGCUGCCAGAAGGGGUGAAGGAAAUAAACAAAAAGCCCAAACUGGGACUUGUUAUGGCUCCGCAGCUGUACAAGACAUGCGCUAUUCCCCGCUAGACUGCAUGGCAUUUGGCAGCUUAUUUGGACUGGAAAUUCCUCAGGAUAGGAGCCUUAAAAAAAAACACUGUAUUCUACCAAUCACCAUGUAGUUUUAACCUACGUAAAUAAUAAUCUGAGAGUGCAGAUAUGCUACAAACUUAUAUCUGCUUUACAUCGCUAUGAUUGCUAUGGAUUUUCCCAAAUGUAUUUGAUUGAUGAUGUUGAGAAUUCUCUUUUGGAAUAUGGAAUUACAUUUUCCAUAGUUCUCUGGAAAGGAAAUUCCUAUUAAACCAGUUCAGACCUAUAGGCAGAUAUCCACCAUUUAUUUAACAGGUGUUAACAGGGUUUUUUAAAAUUCCUAAUUAUUAAUGCAGAGGAGUUAGCCGUGUUAGUCUGUAGUAGCAAAAUCAAAAAGAGUCCAGUAGCACCUUUAAGACUAACCAAUUUUAUUGUAGCAUAAGCUUUCGAGAAUCAAGUUCUCUUCGUCAGAUGCAGCCGUGUAGAAAGAGAGGCCAUAAACAGCCUCCAAAAUAAUUCUGGCAUCGUAAUCAAGGAAGCUGACAAAGGCGGAGCAGUUGUCAUCAUGGACAAACAAAAUAAUAUACAAGAAGCAGAAAGACAACUCUCCAACACAACAUUCUAUAAAAUACUACCUUCUGACCCCACGGAGCAAUACAAAAGGGAACUCAAUAAAAUAUUAAAAACACUCCCCAUGGACAUACAAGAAUGCAUCCAUACAGACACACCCCAGGAACCACGACCAGGAAGAUUCUACCUACUACCCAAAAUCCACAAAACAGGGAACCCAGGAUGCCCAAUUGUUUCAGGAAAAUGCACCAUCACAGUAGGAGUCUCAGGAUACAUGGACUCUAUCCUCAGGCCCUAUGCCACCAGAACACGCAGCUACUUACGGGACACCACAGACUUCCUCAGGAAAAUACAGUCCAUUGACAACCUACCAGAUGACACCAUCCUAGCAACCAUGGAUGUGGAGGCCUUGUACACCAAUAUCCCACAUGCAGAUGGACUGCAAGCCAUACGGAAUAUUAUCCCAGACAAAACCACAGCAAACCUCGCCACUGAACUUUGUCACUUCGUACUCACUCACAAUUACUUCAAAUUUGGUGAUAACUUAUAUCUACAGGUGAAUGGCACAGCCAUGGGCACACGCAUGGCACCACAAUAUGCUAACAUAUUCAUGGCGGACUUAGAGCAACGCUUCCUCAGCUCCCAUCCACUGGAACCACUACUAUACUUAAGAUUCCUGGAUGACAUCUUCAUCAUUUGGACCCAUGGGAAGGAAGCCCUUGAGAGAUUUCAUCAGGACGUCAAUAACUUUCACCCUACUAUCAACCUAAGCCUGGACCACUCUACACAACAGGUACACUUCCUGGACACCCCUGUACAACUACAUAAUGGACGAAUAAAUACCACCUUAUACCGGAAACCAACAGACCGAUACUCAUAUCUACAUGCCUCCAGCUUCCACCCUAAACAUACCACCCGGUCUAUUGUCUACAGCCAAGCCUUACGUUACAACCGUAUCUGCUCCAAUGCUCUCAACCGAGACUCACACUUAAGAGAUUUACAACAAGCAUUUUUGAGACUACAGUACCCACCAAAUGAAGUGAAGAAACAAAUCAACAGGGCCAGACUAGUACCCAGAAACAGUCUGCUCCAGGACAAACCUAAAGGAACUAACAACAGAACACCACUGGUUGUCACCUAUAGCUCCCAGCUCAAACCCAUCCAACGUAUCAUCAGUGAGCUACAACCCAUCCUGGAAAAUGAUACCUCUCUCUUAGAAGUCCUGGGUGGAAGACCUUUCCUUGCCUACAGACAGCCCCCCAAUCUUAAACGACUUCUCACUUACAAUCAUGAAUCGGCCAGCAGAGUCACCAGCACAGGUACCAGGCCCUGCAACAGACCCAGAUGCCAGCUCUGCCCCUAUAUCUACCCAGGGAAUACAAUUACAGGACCCAAUGGCAUCAACUACACUGUCUCUGGCUCUUACAGCUGCUCAUCCUCCAAUCUGAUAUAUGCCCUCAUGUGCCAACAAUGUCCUUCUGCUCUGUACAUUGGACAAACCAGCCAACCUCUACGCAAAAGAAUAAAUGGACACAAAUCUGACAUUAGAAAUGGAAACGUCCAAAAACCAGUGGGAGAACACUUCAAUCUACCAGGACAUUCCACCAAAGACUUAAAGGUCGCUGUGGUUCAACAGAAACCUUUCAAAAACAAAAUCCAAUGGGAGGCUGCUGAAUUGGAAUUCAUAUGCAAAUUUGACUCUGUCAAGCUGGGACUGAAUAGAGACUAUGAAUGGUUAUCACAUUAUCACAGGUAACAGAUUCCCUUUACAGAGGCGUGGUCUGGGGGAGCCCAGUGACGCCUGGGGACCACAGUUCUCUUUGUCAGAUGCAGCUGGCAGGGAGACCACAGUUCUCUUUGUCAGAUGCAGCUGGCAGGGAGAGCUGUGGUCAUCGAAGGCUUAUACUACAUAGGAAUUGGAUACUUUCACUGCUACAAACUAAUACGGCAAACUGACUGCACACCAAAAGGAGAUGUUUACAUUUCCAAGCAAAGGAAUGUUUUGACUGCCUCCACGCUAAUUGCAUUCUGUCUCCUUGUGAUAUAUGUCCCCUUCUUUCUCCCCUCUCUCCCCUCCUCUUCUGUAUUUGACCAGUUCGGAUCAUGCAUCUGACGAAGAGAACUUGAUUCUCGAAAGCUUAUGCUACAAUAAAAUUGGUUAGUCUUAAAGGUGCUACUGGACUCUUUUUGAUUUUGCUAAUUAUUAAUGGUUUGUGUGGGGGCACUUGGUAGAUGGUAGAGAAACUUGGGAGGAAACCUUUUUCAACGACUUGUUUUCUCAAAGCAGCAAAUAUAUUAACUAAAUAAACUUUUUUAUGUGGACGGUGUAGCAUUUACAGCUACAAACUCCAAGGAGUCAAUUAGUUUGCUUCAUGGAAUUAAUCUUUUUGGAUCAAUUGCUGGUUAUAAAAUAAACUUGGAGAAAUGGGGUUAAUAUGUCAUUGGUAGAUAAGGAAUUUAUCCUGGCACUCUCAGGUGCCUCAAGGAAAAUUGAAAACAUUAGAUACCUAGGUAUCAGUUUUUCACAGGAUGUAGGUAAUCUGGUUAAAAACUUGAACUUUUUAAUUUAUAAAGCAGGGACUAUUUGGGGGGGGGGGGAAUUAUCCUGGCUGGGAAGAACUGCUGCUCUUAAGAUGUAAAUCUUGCCUACAUUUGUAUUCCUAUUUUUGGCUUUACCAAUUUAUUUGUCUCAGGGGUAGUGAAAAAUAUUCAGUCUAUGUUGAAUAAAUUUAUUUGGGAUGGUAAGAAGCCAAGGGUUUAUACGAAAACUGUACAAGUACUAUACGUGAAAGGUUUAGCUGCCCUUAACAUAGUUAGAUAUUAUUGGAAGUGUUGGCAUAUUGGUUUUGUGAAGGAAACAAUGGUCCUUGGAAGGUCGAGCAGAAAGGAGUAUCAUCGUCUUCCUUGAAUAGAUUAUUUAGCAGGAUAAAAAAUCAGAGGGUUGUAUCUUUCUCAAACCCAAUAAGGGAAGUAUGAACUGAUAAUUGGGAUAGAUACUUUAAAAGUUUGGGGCUCAAAGGUGUUAUAAAUUGUAUGUUGUUACACCGCCCUGAGCCCGUCCAAUGGGGAGGGCAGUCUAGAAAUGUAAUAAACAAACAAAUAAAUAAAUAAAUAAAUAAAUUGA